UAAGAAAACCUCUAGGCGCCCUCCCUCUCUUCCUCCUGCGAAAAAAACGAAAACAAAAUCAAAUAGUUAUCAUUAGGGUUUAUCAAUUAAUCUCUCUCUGUGGCACUUUUCUUUAUUGUUACAGAAGCAGUUUCUUAAAGAAUGAGGAAGCUAAAGUUUCACGAGAGAAAGCUGCUAAAGAAAGUAAAUUUCUUGGACUGGAAAAGAGAGCACAAUCACAGAGAAGCCCAUGUUAUGCAACGUUACCACAUCGUUGAGCGUGAUGAUUACAAGAAGUAUUCUAGUGUGUGCCGGAUGGUGCAGAAGUUGACAAAUAUUUUGAAGCAGAUGGAUCCUAGAGACCCUUAUCGUGUUGAAAUGACUGACGUUCUUUUGGAGAAGCUCUACAACAUGGGUGUCAUACCAAGCAGGAAAAGCUUGGCCUUGUGUGAUCGCUUGUCGGUGUCAUCCUUUUGCAGGCGUAGGCUUUCAACUGUUUUGAUGAGAUUGAAGUUUGCCGAACACUUGAAAGAAGCUGUAACAUACAUCGAGCAGGGGCAUAUUCGUGUAGGUCCCGAGACUGUUACUGACCCAGCAUUCCUGGUAACAAGGAGCAUGGAAGACUUUGUUACUUGGGUAGAUACAUCCAAGAUAAAGAGAAAGGUGCUUGAAUAUAAUGAGAAUCUGGAUGAUUAUGAUGCAAUGAACUAGGGGAAACUUUUUUUGUAUGCCUUAUGUCUGUGGUUUACGACAUAAGCAAAAUUUUGGUCAUAAAUGAUUAAAAUAUGGUGUAAGAAUGAUGUUUAGAGGGACUUUUGCCCUACUGCGGAGAACAUCACCCUCAAUAGCCAGAAUUUAUGGCGUUACAAUUUACAAAUAUUUUGUAAUUUGUGAAAUCUUAUGAGCAAGCCUUCUCUCAAUGUUUUUCUUCAAGCUAAAUUGAUUUCCCGUUCUACC